CGCCAGCGUGCCGCGAUAGCACGUACACCGCUGCCAGCACAUGUCCACAUUGACCGAGACGAAACCAUGGGAUCUUAGCCACGUUCUCGACUUUGUCAACGCUCUCGCCACGCCUGGCCAGCACCAGAAGGACACCGUCCCCACGACCAGACUCGCCCCCUCUGCCUCGCACCCAGCCAAUGUUGUGAGCAACAAUGCCAGCCUCACUGAUACUGCCGACGACGAUGACGCUCAUGGAGGCGUCGGUCUCGGCAACUUUGGCAAGGUCUGGCAGUUCCUAGGCACUCCGGCGCCUACUCAGGGAACUUCACUACUGGCGACCAAGACCGGACAGGUGGAGAAGCAGACCAUUGCUAGCAAACUUGACUACACUUCUGACGGCGCGGCAUAUACGCUCAGCCGUGGGGAGCCAUCAUCUGCCAAUAGGCACCCUUCAUUCACAGACGGCACAGAUGGCGAGACCCAAAGGCCGGAGUUCGAGAAGGCUCCGAGCAAGACCCAAAAGAAGCGCAUGCGAAGGAAGGAGAGACGGGAGCAGGAGCUUGUCCAAGCACGCCUGAACGGCGGCAGAGCUGACGCCAUCUCUGAAUCUGAAGCUGAGACACCAGGUCGGAGGACACCCGCAAAGAAGGCAUCAGCACAUGCCAUGAAAGAGAAGGAGCCUGGGACACCGAGCAAAUCCAAAUUCGAUAAGACUGAACUGCUAAGGCGGGUUGCUGUAACAAAGGCCGCACAGACUGCAAAGACUGCUGCGGUUACAAAUGCGUCUACACAACAGGGACCCAUGGGUCCAGGACUGGCUCCUGUAUUGGAUCUCCCCGGCACGAAGCAAGUUCCUAUCCAGAAUGCUACUGAACAGACUGUGCCUGCGAAUGUGUCAAGGCAGACUGAUCCCUCGAGUGCUUCCCGCUCUGAUGCGGAAGAGACGACUUCCCAGGCAGUCAAUGCUGUAGCUGCUGCGUUGGCUGCUCUCAAGCAUGGAGACAAUCCGGCUAGCCCCUCUCCUAGUGGGACAGGAAGUCGUAACAAGAAAGCACCCUCGACACCAACCCAGACCAAGGCACAACCAGUGGCUCAGACACAACCUGUACAGAGAACACAAGUUCAGACGCCACAGGCCGUGAGCAAGCUCAAGCUAAUGCCAGCUUCCGUCGGCGUUCAGCCUCCGCUUGCUAAGGGCCUCGCCAACAACGGGCACGCACCAGCAGCCGGUAUCAAUCCAACAGCUUUCGCUCAGAGCAUGCAUAUUCCAUCAGGGCCUCCAAGCAUGCGGCUAUCGACCAUUCCUUCUAGCGCAAAAAAACCACGUUCGCAACCAGUCAUUGAGCCGAGAAUCAUUCGGUCAGGCGAAGACCGACACUGGGCACUUCUUAUGAAGCUGAUCAAUGUGUUCGGUGAUGAUCGCAAACACCUGGUCUCGCCCAUGAACAUGACCACUCAUAAUAACGAUCCCAAGGGAAUUCAUGUCUUCGUUGAUGCGUCCAACAUAUUCAUCGGGUUUAUGGAUAUGCUGAAGCAGACACGAGGCAUUCACCCGCUAACACAUCUUCCACAAGUUCACUUGUCAUUUGACGGCCUAGCGCUUCUCAUGGAGCGUCGCCGUCCAGUUGCCAAGCGUGUCCUUGCUGGUUCCAAUCCCUGGUUGCCAGAAUUUGACAAGGCUAAAGCAGUGGGCUAUGAGAUGAACAUCUUUGAAAAGGUGCUCAAAGCUCGCGAACUCACCGACCGCCAACUCUAUUUCAAAGACCUCGACGCUCGCAGGUUCGGGAAAGGCUCGAAAGCGCCUCCUCCCGUUCACCCCAGCAACCAAAUCACGAAGCAAGGUUCACCGCCUAAGCUCUACUCAGCUCUCAACGGCAUUGGCAGCGGAAGUGGCAGUGGCACGGAAACGUCCGCUAAGCCGCAAUACGCGCCUGCCAAGAUGAUUGAGCAGGGUGUGGACGAGAUCUUGCAUCUGAAAAUGUUGGAAAGUGUUGUGGAUUAUGAGACUCCGAGCACAAUUGUGCUCGCCACUGGUGAUGCCGCCCAGGCAGAAUAUAGUCUGGGAUUCAUGGCCAUGGUUGAAAGAGCGCUCAAGAAAGGCUGGACGGUGGAACUGGUAUCUUGGAGUAAGAAUAUUAAUAAGAGUUAUAUCAAGAGUCAGUGGACCGAGGCUUGGGACGGGAGAUUCAAAAUAAUCUACCUGGAUGACUUCGCAGAGGAGCUGCUUGAUAUGUGAGUGACGGGCUGUGGAUGGCUACGUGGAGCUCAUUGCGCUGUUCAGACGCAAGAAAAUGUCUUUCGCUGGCAAUGGGAAGGAUCUGAAGUAGGAGUGGACAGCCUUGGCCGUCCCUGUAAAUCGUGUACAGGAUGGCAAUUGGCCUUUAGCUGGUCUACAGGAGCAACGACUGGCGUCUCGACGUCUCUUAGGUGGCGUGCCGUGGGCGUGGUAUUCAUCUUUGCAUUCUUCCUGCCAAGACUUGGGCACAGUGCCGGCUUUUGGUCAGUCGUAACACAGCAACGACCAUGCAACGUAUGUAGACACGCGAAGAAUGUGUCCCAU